UGAGUGUUAUUUUUAAUUAAAAUUUAGAACUACCACUCAGACUAGAUUUUUUUUAAAGGAAGAGAAAAAAGAAAGUAGAGCAGAGUAAAGGGGCUGGGAAGCACGGAGCGGGCGGGCGAGAGGUGCCCCAGGCUGGACCGGCAGACCUCGCUGAUGUUUGACCGACGGUGGGCGGUCCAGGCGGGCGGCACAGACUCUGACAGGGAAAGAAGUGGUGUUUCUGGGGGACACGAGAUCGGGGCACUCUUCCCGUAGGAGCUCGCGGUCUGGCUACCGUCUCCCCCAGCCAACCAGGCCUUCCCGAUGCUGCCGGCCCGGGAGCAUCGCCCGGACCCUAGCUUGCCGCCUCCCCUUGGCGGGCCCUAGAAGCUGCGCGGAACCAAAUCUUGAGAGCAGCGCCAGCUUGCGGAGUGCGGGGAGGAAGCGCCUGCCGGAAACAGUCGUAGAGCCCGAGCAUGGCGGCCACCAGGUGUCUACGCUGGGGCCUGAGCCGAGCCGGAGUCUGGAGGCUCCCACCGACCGCAGGGUGCCCACGCCGGGCGCUGCACAAGCAGGUAGACGGCACUGAGUUCAAGAGCAUCUACAGCCUGGACAAGCUCUACCCCGAAUCUCAGGGCUCGGAGACCGCCUGGAGGGUCCCGGAUGGUGCAAAGCAAGCCGACAAUGACAUCCCUCUAGAUCGCUUGACAAUAUCUUAUUGUCGGAGUAGUGGUCCUGGGGGGCAGAAUGUGAACAAAGUGAAUUCCAAGGCGGAAGUCAGGUUCCACUUGGCAACCGCUGACUGGAUCGCAGAGCCUGUGAGGCAGAAGAUAGCCAUCAUGCACAAAAACAAGAUCAACAGGUCAGGAGAGUUGAUCCUCACCUCUGAGAGCAGCCGCUAUCAGUUCCGGAAUCUGGCAGAUUGCCUGCAGAAAAUUCGAGACAUGAUCACUGAGGCCAGCCAGACACCCAAGGAGCCAUCGAAAGAAGAUAAUAAACUUCAGAGACUCAGGAUAGAAAGCAUGAAUCGGGAAAGGCUGAGACAAAAGAGAAUUCAUUCUGCCAUAAAGACAAGCAGGAGGGUCGACAUGGACUGAAAUCACCCUCUGCAGCUGGAAGGCACUUCUGGGCAUCCCGGCAGCUGCAGCUGAGAGGCCUUUCACACCAUAAGGAGAUUUCCUUUUCUCUUGUUGACUGUUAAUGCUUGUUGAUAACAUUGGAGCCAUCACAAGAAUGUUCAUUGGGAAUGAAGGUUGCAGGCACUGGUUGCAAAGGUCUUUCCAGGCAGUCACCAUGUUGUCCAACCUUAAUAAUGCAUCUGAUGUAUUAGCCACAAUAAAACUCAAAACUCAUAGCA